AUGAAUCCCCUCAAAGUAGAAGACCUUGGAGGUAUUCAAGGAGACAUUCUGCUCAAUGGCUUGCCCAAGAAGGCCGAGAUAUUCUGCUUCUUCACGAUCAGAGCUGCACAGGGAUUCUGUCAGAACAUCCAAAAAGUAGCCAAUUCGAACAUCGCGACUGGAAAAGAUAUCAAAGAUCUACGGGAGCAAAUCAGCAAGCUCGACAAAGGCAAUAUCAUCGACGUAGCAAAGACCAACAUUGCUUUCACUUCCAGAGGCCUGACAAAGCUGGCCAAUGUUCAGACGUCACUUCAAAACGGCAUCAGCGGCCUCCAGAACUCUGCGCCGUCAUUCGUCGGGGGCAUGCAGAAAGAUUCGGAGCGGACUGCUUUGGGAGAUCCGGUUUUCAAUAAUUGGAACCUCAACCAGAAUGGCGGUGGACCCAUCGAUGGUGUCCUGAUCGUUGCUGGAAUCAGUAUGCCUACCGUAGAGAAUGAGCUCAAGAAUGUGCUGCGAUCGUUGAACACGGGCGGUGAGGUGGUGGCUGAGCUCUUUAGAGAGGUCGGGUUCGAAAGGGAGAAACUGCCAGGCCAUGAACACUUUGGAUUCAACGAUGGCAUAUCACAUCCUCAAGUUUUCGGCAUCAACGACAGCCCCAGCUUAACCUUCAAGCUUGACGAUGUCGUUCAGUCGAGUGACACAAGCAACUUUGUUGAUCCAGGCGUCAUCGUGGUCGGCCGCCAUGGUGACGAAAACAACCCUAAGCCUCAGUGGAUGACAGAUGGCAGUUUCUUAGUCUUCCGUAAGUUGGAGCAGCAUGUGGGCAAAUGGAAUGACUUUGUCGUCAACAAGUGGCAGGAGGCAGGUUCGCGUGGCCCAGACCAGUUUGGCGCCCAACUUAUGGGCAGAUGGCAGAGUGGUUGUCCUAUUCAGUUACAGGACCAGAGAGAUGACAAGUCCCUGGCUCUGAGAAACGAUUUCGACUACGGUGGCGUGACACAACCGGGAGUGUGUCCUCUGGCAGCGCAUAUCCGCAAGGCGCACAUCCGGAAUCACUUCAACCCUUCUCGCAUAAUGCGCCGUGGAAUUCCUUACGGCCAGGACUUCAAAAACGGUGGAGCGGACGAGGGGCGAGGUCUGCUGUUCGCUGCAUACCAGUCAACCAUCGAGAACGGCUACAGGUUCAUCCAAACCGCGUGGGCAAACCAACCAGGCUUUCCUUCGGGAGGUGCUGGUCUCGACGUGACUAUCGGCCAGGGAAAAGCAACAGAUGCGCCUACUCCUUUCCAGAUUGGGUCCAAGUCGGUCAACAUCAAUCCGAUCAACGACUUUGUAACUCCUAAGGGCGGGGAGUACUUCUUCGCACCGUCCAUGAGUGUCUUAAAGGCAGGGUUUAACAUCGACAAGUUCCAGGCCAAAUUGUGA